UGCAGUGGGCGAAGCUUAGCUGGGCGGAAUGGGCUUGGCCUGCGAGGCUCCGCCCCGUCCCAGCUUAGACAAUGCCCGCUAGCAGCCAGACUGCCGCGCCCCCACCCCACUAGAAUACUUGAGCUGGAUUACUCUGCGACCCUUCAAAAACCAGAGCUCCAAGUUCCAAAGCUUGAAGCCGAGGACUCCUUUUUCCACCAACUCUUCUUGGGGGGUGGGGCCCCAGCCACGAUCAGGCUGUAGGUGUGGCCGCAGGAGACAGGUGAAACGAGAGAAACUCCCAGGACUGCACUGUCAGUGUGCAUGGGAUGGGGACGCCAGGGGAAGGGCUGGGCCGCUGCUCCCAUGCCCUGAUCCGGGGGGUCCCUGAGAGCCUGGCAUCGGGGGAAGCUGUGGGAGCCGGUCUCCCAGCUCUGGACCUGGCCAAAGCUCAGAGAGAGCACGGGGUGCUCGGGGGUAAACUGAGGCAGCGAUUGGGGCUGCAGUUGAUAGAACUGCCUCCCGAAGAGUUGCUGCCGCUGGGACCACUGCUCGGUGACACUGCUGUCAUCCAAGGGGACACAGCCCUGAUCACGAGGCCCUGGAGCCCAUCCCGGAGACCGGAGGUCGAUGGGGUCCGCAAAGCCCUCCAGGACUUGGGGCUCCGGAUUGUGGAGAUGGGGGACGAAAACGCCACGCUGGACGGCACUGACGUUCUCUUCACCGGCCGGGAGUUUUUCGUGGGCCUCUCCAAGUGGACCAAUCACCGUGGAGCUGAGUUUGUGGCUGACACUUUCCGGGAUUUUGCAGUCUCCACAGUGCCCGUUUCGAGCUCUUCCCACCUACGUGGCCUCUGUGGCAUGGGGGGACCCCGCACUGUGGUGGCCGGUAGCAGUGAAGCUGCCCAAAAGGCUGUCAGGGCAAUGGCAAUGCUGACCGACCACCCCUAUGCCUCCUUGACCCUCCCAGAUGAUGCAGCUGCUGACUGUCUCUUUCUGCGUCCUGGGUUGCCUGGUGCACUCCCAUUCCUUCUGCACCGUGGUGGUGGAGACCUCCCCAAUAGCCAGGAGGCACUACAGAAGCUUUCUGAUGUCACCUUGGUACCUGUGUCCUGCUCAGAACUGGAGAAAGCAGGCGCUGGCCUCAGCUCCCUCUGCCUGGUUCUCAGCACUCGCCCCCAUAGCUGACGGCCUGGCCUUGGGAUCCUGGCAAACCAAGGGAAGAGCAACUUGAGAAGUAGAGGGGAAGGAGGGUUAGUUAGAUAGGUAGUAAAGGGAGAGGGCCACAAAUGGGGGAGGGCUUAGUAUAGGAAAAUGAUAGAGACUACUGGGUGAGUCCUUUCUCCCAGAACUAAUAAAAGAGAACUGACCUUUUA